UUGUGGUUGGUCUUUGAAGGUCCUUGAGUGAUCUGUAGUGCCUAAAGGGUGGUGUCAGUUUUGUUCAAGGGUCUGUGCAAAGGUAUCAAAAUUCAUUUCCCGCUGAUGUCCUACGGCAGCGAGACGCCGCACGUCUGGAGCAGCUCAGCAGGUAGCGAGGUGUCUCCAUACGGUCCGCUGUGGGACGCUCCGCCGGCACCCGUGCCGUAUCCCGACAUCCUGGCGUUCCCGCCAGCCGACCUUGUGUGGUCGGCGGCGGGUUGCGGCGGCCGAGCUGGUGCUCGCGUGCCUUCAGGCGGCAAGAAACCACGUCGCCGUGUCGCGUCCGUGGCACAACGUCGCGCGGCCAACAUUCGCGAGCGACGCCGCAUGUUCAAUCUCAAUGAAGCCUUCGAUAAAUUGCGUAGGAAGGUGCCGACGUUUGCCUACGAGAAGCGGCUCUCCCGCAUCGAGACUCUAAGACUGGCCAUCACCUACAUCAGCUUCAUGUGUGAGCUGCUGCAUGGAUCUCCUCAACCUCACCACGCGUCUCAUGCUAUACAUCCUCCAAGACAUGUGUUUGAUGCUGAAGUACCAUGGUGCGCUUAGGAGUCUGUUCUAAAAAGUUCUAUGUUGUUUUAUGUUGUUUUCAAGUCAUUUGAAAUAUUGGGAUGGUGUCAUAUUAUAAUAUGUAGUAGAUAUUGAUGUUUGGUUGCAGUACAAACAAAGUACCUUUAAUUUAAAUGUAGUAUUUAAAGUGAUUGCUAAAUGUAUAGGGAAUCGUAAUGAAUAAAAGAAAGUGAAGCACUGUAGUUGUGCCAACGGUGGCGUAACUAUACCGUUUGGAGCCCACGACAAAUUCAUCGGAUGGACCCCGAUUCCCAAUGAAAAACAGAGAAGUUCAGAUGAAAAGGACUGAAUGGGGCUUCCAGCUAGAGGCCCGUGGCAGUUUUACGACUUGCCACCCUGUAGCUACACCACUGAAUCCAACAACGUGUAGCGAAGUAGCUGUACCAUGUACCAUCGAAAACGAAAUCAGGGAAAAUAAGGAUUACUCAAAGAAAUAUGAUCUCAAAACUCAGUAAUAUGACACUAUCCACACAAUUUGUGUGAUUUGUUUUAUUUAUUACCCAGCUGGAUAUCUUAUUGAUUACUUUACAUACAUCUCUUCUUCUUAGUCGUUCUCUUCGUCUACUGAAGGUCGUCUAGUCUGGUGCACGCGUCACUUGAUGCACAACCCUCCUCUAAACACCCCUGUCCUCUGUGGUUUUAUGGCUUGUGGAACUGUCAGGCCGGUUAGGUUUGUUACAGCAUCUAACCACCGGGUAGAUGAGCGACCACGAGAUCUUUUCUCGUUAACUUAACCAAAAACCACAAGCUUCUCCAGAUUGUUGGGAUCUCUACGCGCAAUGUGGCAACAAUAGAUUAGUUAUAGUUACAUACAUAAUGAACUAUAUAUUACUCAAGGACUAUUAUAAACUUUUUGAUACGGUCGGCAGCAGGUCAAUCUUCUCUUUUCUGUCAAAUUUUUUUGUUAGAUUUUCAACUCUGUCAUUUAGAUAUAAACAAAAUUUUAAUGACAAAAUUGACGCAUUGGAUUUGGUUUUGCUGGCCAUUGCAUAGAUUAGUCAUUUAUGAAUAAAAAUAUACUAUAAUCAUCAAUAUCAUACUGUACUUUAAGUUAUAAGUUAGUCAUUUAGAUAUAAGUGGAAAUAAUCAUGCGAAGUUAUCUAUAGCUGAUUAUAAUUGUGUCUUCCAUUAAUUUGUAUUAUUAGAC